UCUUUUAAAGCCUAAAUACAUAUAAAUUAUUUGUUGACCUUUUUAAAUGUUGUCUUUUAUUUUGGUAAAAUAAAUUUCAAUUCAAAAUAAGAGUAAGUCAUGACAGUAAUGAUUUGAUGCACAUAACUUGUUCAAAAAAAAAAAGAAGAAGAAGAAGAAGAAGAAGAAGAAUACAAAGCACUACUAAAAUGUUGUGUAUAUCCCAAUUUGGAAGUAUUGUGACUUGCUCUAUUUUUAUUCUAAGAAAUUAUGUGUAAUGUGUACUCCACUACAGCAGGGGUCGCUGUAAUUUAACCUUCCACUCCACGAGUUGGUAGUGGUUAGAAGACGAGUGCGGUUGCUAACUGUGUCACACUCAUACACGUAGCUUUCGUUUCAGCUAGCGUUUGGUUUAACACCCAUUUCCAGAGAUGGUUCGAACACAAUUUGGACCACCACGUUUAAAGCCCAGAUCCUAUGGAAAUGACCAUGGACCUAAUGAAGGGCACUAUAACCCCAACUCGAGAAGUCGAAGAGAUGACCAGGGGUACUCGGUUCGGCCCCCUGUUAACUGGAGAGAAUCUAGAGGUAGAGGACGAGGACACCCACCAACUGGCAGAAGAGUUCCUCAAAUGGAAGACCAGAGGGAGUCGCGUUUUAAUCACUGGAAGUCUCAUAGUCAGGAUUCCUUUCAAUCAUACCCUUCCAAAAUGGAACCACACCACAGCUCACGGAGGCAGUCGCCGUUUCGGCCAGACAGACCCCACCAAAUGAUGCACCGUUCAUCUUUUCACAGUCCAACACAGGGACACCAAAGUCAAAGAAACCCACCUUUCCAUGGCCACCCCUCAGGCCCAAGGUCACCCUCCCCGAGACAAAAUCGAAACCACCCUCCAGACAGAAGGUCUGGCCCCUCCCCAUCUUACCAGGGAUCAUUCAGAGGUGCCAAAAGACAGUCCGGCUUCCCUCCACAGGAGGACCGGAGACGAGGCCCACCUUCAAGAGGAAGACCCUACGAACACUCGGGUCAUGGUGGCGUGAAGCGCUGGGAGGACUCAGGAUCAUUCCCUCCUCCACACAAUGGAGAGCCACGACCCUCUGGUUCACAGAGGAGCCCCAGAGAGAUGCAUGGGAGAGGCUCGUGUACAGAGAGGUGGUCAUCUGAACAAGAGUCCAGACGGCAGCGUGGUCCUGUGGAGAGGCAGGGCAGCCGAUCCCACAGUAGAGAGAGGGGACAGGAUGUCCCUCGCCAACCCCCUUACAGACCCCCCUCAUGGAGAGGAGGCCACUUUCCACCGUCCUCCUUCCAGCGGAGCCCCCAGGAAAGGCAAGGGGUGCCACCACGCAAGAGGAGGAUUUCAAACAUCAGUAUGCCGUCUUCAGACCCUGCAGCUGAGCAUGGCCCUGUGAAAUACCCCAGAAGGGAGAGACCUCAGCCACUAAGUAUCCCCAGGCCCUUUCGUGGCAGGCCUUUGUCUCUUAGAGAUAGAAGUUUCCUAGUUAAGAGUCAACACAUGAGAGCAGAGUCUCUCAUGAUGCUCAGAAUCCCUUCAACUGUCAAACCCAGACCUCGUCUGGGCGACCCAGCUGCACGUGGAACCCCCGGCUCUGUGCUCGCCAUCAGAAAGAAGCGUUUCCAAACAAACGCUGUUUCUCCUGAAAAAGAGGAGCUGCGCAAGCCAAAACGGCAAGAGUCAUCAUCCAGUGACGAAAGCAAUGCCAGCAAGUCUUCAAGAGACUCUGGCACAGGAAACAAACAGGUGGAGUCUCGCCGCUCCUUAAACACGCACAGAUCUUCUCCAAUUGAGAAACGGGAUCUUGUAGUUUUGUCUCACUGGCCUCCUGGGCCCAGUUCCUCUUCUAAAGACUGCUCUCCUCCAAAGAGUUCCAGCCCCAAGUCAAAAACAGACCACAGCUCAGAUGAAGACACCACACCCAACAGGCGACGCUCCAAAUCUGCCAAUUCCAGAUCACCUGAAGACAGAAAACGCGGAUAUUUGGAAAAGAGGGUGUUUAGACCAUUUAAUCCAAUGCAGGACAGCAGCAGGCCUACACGGCCUUUCAGAAGGCCACCACCUUUUCAGCAGAGGGGACGGUUUCCGGCAGGUCCAAGGAGGAUGGGCAUGGAAAUGCAUGGACAUAUUAGAAGACCGCUCAUGGAGACCUUGGUACCACGUCCUUUUAUGAAUCCUAAGCCGGUCUUCAGAAAAAGCUACAGCAUCAUGUCCAAAUACCGGAACAUGAGAGUGAUGCGUCAGCGCGCGCCACCUUUCCGAGGACCCAACCAACCACGUUGGUGACGACUUCAGGUUUGGGGAAGAUAGGGUGACCACCUGUCCAGAUGACCUACUGGAAAGACUCCACAGUCCGUGCCGACUGACCAUGCAGUUCCAACCCACCUGUGUCCUUCCAACCCUUCUUUACAUCUCAACUGUUAUGUACAAGUGUGCUUUAUUUUCCUGUUGUUAAAACACUGCUGUGCUUUUAGAAUACUUGUAACAUUUUUGUUUUCUUUUAUGAUUGUUCAAGUUGCUGCUUUACAAUUGUCUUGAUUUUACGUAGUGCAAACAUUUGUAAUCAAUGAGUAAAUGUUCACUUUGAUAUGGCAACUUUUGAACGUAGGAUAUGUUGAGUUUGACACUAAUAAAUCCAACUGAUUACA